GAACGGACCGCACCGGCGUCAGCUCACGAGGCAGGAAAGAAACCCCAAACCCGCGUCGCCGACGCCGUCGCCGGCACACUCGCCUUCGCCUCGCCCACCACCAAACCACCUCCGAUGGCGCCCGGCUCCUCCUCCACCUCCUCCCCGGGAGGAAAAGCCGCCGCGGUGGGCGGCGAGGCGGGGAAGGAGGGCGGAGCCGUGCCCUCGCCCGCGGCAGCUGCCUCCGACCACGCUCCGGUGGCGCCCGACGGCUCGCCGGGAGGUGGCGCGCUGCCGGCGGGCGGCGAAGCGGGGAAGGAGGACGAGGGCGUCGCCUCGACCGGCUCCCGCACUCCGCUGGCCCCUGGCUCCUCCUCGGGAGAAGGCGCGCUCGGGGAAUGCGGCGAGGCGAGGAACGACGACGAAGCGCCAGCGCCAGCGCCACGGCUCAUCGCCUCGCCCACCGCCGCCGCCGCCGCCGCCGCCACCACUGACUACCCACAUGAAGGCGGCGAGGCGGAGCAGGAGGGCGGCAACGCGUCAUCACCAUGUGAAGAGCAGGAAGAGGAUGACGACGACGACGAGGAGGAGGAGGCCCCGACGCAUCUCCCCUUCGCACCCUCGUCGGAAUCGGAGUUACCUGAUGAUAAGUCAACAGUUGAUCCCAGCUUCACCAUCUCUCUCAUAAGGAAGCUGGUACCUCAGGGACCAGAUGUGGAUAAAGAGUUAAGUGUGAAGCAGGGACGAACAGAAGAAAAGGAUGCUAGUUCUGAUGUUGGGGAACCAAAACAGCCUCAUGACAAAGAUCUGUGGGACAAUGAAGGUUGCAAACUGUGGGACCUUUCAGUUAUUGAACCUCAGGCAGAACUUAUGGUUAACAACCUUGUACUUGAAGUACUUUUGGCAAACCUUCAUGUGAGACAAUUUCUUCGAGCAAAGGAAAUCUGUAUUGGGAUCAUAGGAAACUUAGCUUGUCAUAAAUCUCUGGCCAAUGCAAUCACUUCUCAUAAUGGAUUAAUUGCUACUGUCGUGGAUCAGUUAUUUCUUGAUGACCCUGGUUGCCUUACUGAAACAUUCAGGUUAUUGAGCACCAUUUUUCAGAGCAACGCAUCUAUGUCAUGGGCUGAAGCUCUCUUACCUGAUGAGAUUCUUUCACGUAUUAUGUGGAUAAUUGGAAACACAGUGCAUGCUACCUUACUUCAGAAGAUACUGGAGUUUCUAUCAGCUCUUGUUGAUGAUCAAGAUGUCAUUACCAUUCUUAUCGAGCCCUUGAUAAAAGUGGGUUUAGUUGACUGUGCUAUUGGUUUGCUAUUAAAUGAGCUUGAAAAAUCAAUGGAUGGGAACAAUCUAGACAGGUCAGAUUCUCUUGAUUCAAUCCUUCGACUUAUUGAAGAACUGUCCGCCAUAGACAACUGUUCAAAAGUAAUGUCAUCAAAUGACCAAUUGAUUAAAGCACUAAGUAAUAUAGUCAAGUUACCAGAUAAAUUUGAGGUUGAGGGCUAUUGUGCUUCUGUGGUAAUCAUAAUAGCAAAUGUUUUGUCUGAUGGAGAACAUCUCACACCUAUUCUGUCCCAUGAUUUACCCUUACUGGAGGGCCUAUUUGACAUUCUUCCAUUGAUCUCUGAUGAUAAUGAAGCUCGAAAUGCAUUUUGGUGUAUCUUGACACGUUUACUGCAACAAGUAGAAGAAGGAGAAACCAUCACGAACUCUUCAAAACUCGAGCAGUUUGUGUCUAUCUUCUUGGCUAAGUUCACCCUCAUGAAAGAUGACAUUGAAAGACAUGGGAUUCAAACAGAAGCUGAUUCCUCAGUUGAGGGUGUUUCUUUGAAGAAUGGGCUACGCACAUCUCUCAAGGCGAUCUGCAGUAUCACGGAGAGAUGGAUUGCGGACAAGUCCUCCUUGGGCAAAGAAGAUGCUUCACUGACCGAAAACACCAUUGAAAAUGCUAAAGAGCUGCUGACUUUCUGCCGGCGUGCAAUGGGUAUUGCUGACCUGUGAGUUUGGAAUACGGAGGUUUUGACGUAGAGGGCAACCACGUACGUGAAAAAUUACUAGGAGUUUUGCUGUAUAGCACGAGAUCAUCCGGAAGUCUGUUAAAACCAACUAGGAGUUUUGCUGUAGAGGAUCACAGUGAUGCAUAGAUCAUCAGUUGCUAAAGUAGAUCACUACUCACAUAGCUCUGCCAAUUUACAUUGAUGUGGUUACAUUAUUGGUGCUAGCGAUGUAAUGAACGCGCAUAAAAAUGAUACGGUGCUAGAGGUUUCUGAUCAACUUGUGCUCAUGGCUUAACGAGAUGCUGGCAAACCUAUUUUGUUGCGACCGUUACCAAAUUGCUUCUUGUUGUUUCGUGUGGUAACACACCACCACGAUUCUAUUGAUGCAAAAUGAGUUCAUGCAA